GCGCGACCACAGCCCGCCCCGCUCCACUGCGCAACCCAGUGACCUUCCCAGUGCCGAUCGCGACUGUCGCGACUCUGACAAACCUAGUGACUUAUCCCGUAGUUUAGUGAAAUCUGGUGACUCUAUGAAUGCCGAGCGCAGCUGUCGCGUCGUAACUAAUCCUUGUGGAAAGCUAAGUGCCGAUACAUUUAUAAAACCCAGUAACCUUGCUAGUGACCACCGCGAUGGCGUCUUCCAUAACUUUGCGAAAGCUAGUGACUCUGUUAAUACCGAACGCGACUGUCGCGACGCAGAUAAUUCUUCUCAAAAACCUUGUGACCCUAUUUGCAUUGAUCACGAUUAUCGUGAUUUUCCUCGUAACUUUGUCAUACCUAGUGACUCUAUUAAUGCCGAACGCAAUUGUCGCGACGUAGCUAAUCCUCGUGGAAACAAUAGUGACUCUAUUAGUCCCGAUCGCGAUUAUCGCGAUGACUUUCCCCGUAACUUUGUGAAACCCAGUGAUUCUAUUAACGAUGUGCUCCAUAGUUAUGUAAAACCUGCUUACUUUAUUAGUGCCAAUCGCGACUGUCGUGUUGACUUGUCCCGUAACUUUGUGAAACCUAGUGACUCUAUUAAUGUCGAACGCGACUGUCUUGUCGGAGCUAGUCCCGGUGGGGAACCUGGUGACUUUAUCAGUACUCAACGCGACUGUCGCAACUUCUUGCCAUCUAUUUGUUUAACUGAUGAUAAUAUUAAUGAUAAAAGUGAUUGUAAAACGACAAAUAAAUUGGUUAUAGUUAAUAAGCCUAAGACAAGUCAAUUUAUAGUUGAUAAUAGAUUAAAUUGGGCCUCAAGACUUUACAUAGAAGAAAGUUUAAAGUGUUUAAACACAGAGUGUUGUGGUAACACCAACUUUAAUAGUGAUUCAAAUCUAAAUGUUAAUGUUUUAAAUGAUGGUGUAUUAAGUGGUGGAAACAACGUUAUAGACGAUUUAAAUCCAAAUAUGAGAAAUAGCAAUUUAAUCAGUGAUUCAAAUCCAAAUAUUGAGUUAAGCGAUAAUUUAACGAGUGAUGAUAAAUGUUGGUGCAAUAAGGACGACUGUCGAAUGUAUUUAGAUAAUAACUGUUCUGAUUACUACAUGCAGAAUUCUGAUGUUGCAUAUGAAAAUAUUAGAUUUAAGUGCACGGAAACCUCUUUAGCUUUAACAACUGUAAAAAAUGAAUGUGGAAAUAAAUUGAAUGUAAAAAAUGAAUGUAACAUGAAUAAAUGUAACUUAGGUAAGUAUUAUAUAAAUAAUGCGACGGAAUGCUCUGAUUCAGAGACUAGUACUACAUUAGAGAGUUCGGAUGAAUCUAUGACUUCUCUGGAGUCCGGGAUCAAUACUGUAAUAUAUGAGUCUGCCAGCUGUAAGGAGAUCAACUCUUUGCCAGAAGACACUGAGGAUGUCAAUAAGAACAGAUGCACAAAACCGCACUCCAAAUCAGCCUGUGUACUUAGUUAAUAUGUCCAAGAAUUAUGCAUUUAUUUAUACUCAAUGGAAACUUGUAUAUAAUAUGUAGGUAUGUAGUACAUAAUCAUAUAUGUGUACACCUACACGACACAUACAUACAUGUUUACACACACGCACACAUACACACAAGCAUACACACGCACACACACACACACACAGAGGAAAAUAUGUAUGUAAUCCUACACGAGAUUUGCACAUCUCACAUGAUUUUCGUGAUUUGUUUUACAACUAGUCACAUUCCACAUUACCAAUAUUAAUUUAAAAGUUCACACCAGAUGCUGUAAAAAUUAGAAAAACUACAUCGAAUUUUCGUAAAUUAAGACUCAUACUAAGGAAGUACUGUAAAAAGUUAUAGUAUAGUUGUAAAAUAUUAAAUAGAUUUGCUAGAAAGAUGAAUAAUGGAUUUUCUCUAUUACAUAAAUGUAUAUCUAACACAUGUCUAUAUACAGACAAAAAUUUGACUUAUUUGUUAACUUAUUGUCUUGCCUACUGAAGAUUCUAAGCAAUCAGUAUUAAAAACUAGAAUAAAACCACAGUUUAGUUCAUAAUAAUAUGAUUGGUAAUUUAAACUACAUUGCUAUAAAUAUUAUAAUGACUGAGUUUUCCUUUAAAGAUCUCAUGAAUUGUUCCAUUUCUAUUUUUUAAUUACUUAUGUGAUAAUAAUAUUAUUUCAUACAUAUUUAUAUAGUAAUAGUCUAGUUCUCCUGAUUUUGAUCUAUUUGGGGGGUUUAAUUUCUAUUUUUAUAUAUUCCGAUAUCAUUUACAUAAGGGCAUUUUACAUAUUUUACUUGUAUGCCAAUAAAGAAUCGAAUCGAAAAUGGUGGAGUUUUAUUCCCUCUCACUUACACACUAUACCUAUGUAUAAUGUGCAAGUGAGAGGAAAAGAGUGCUACAAGUUCUAAAGUAUUAGUUAAGUUUUAUUAUAUUCCUUGGUGCUUUUACAUUCAAUAAAUAGUAGUUACUGUUAAGGGUUAAUUCUGUAUUUAAAGUUAUGAGUUUUAAACUUUUAUGCAAACAAUUGUUAUUUUACUGUUAAUAAAAACAUAAUAAAAUUCUAUUCUAAAA